AUGGCUCCCAGGUUUUUGGCUGAGCCCUGGAAAGGUGUAGUUUCUAACAGAGCCACCCCAGCCGGGGUAGGCGGUGAGGCGGCCCACCUGUGCCCAGGCCGCUGCGGCCACCUGCACAGGCUGGGGACAGUCGUUUCACUGGCCCAGCCUGGGGUCCAGCUCUCUGUGGUCACGUGGGUGCAGACCAGCUUGCGCCUGAGCCUUGAGCAUCAUCUGGGGUGCGGCCUCAUCUGUGACCUGGACACAGCAGACAGGACAGCCAAAUGCCAGGGCACCUGUCUAAAGGACCCAUCCACCAUGCCUGAAGUCAAAGACCUUUCAGAAGCUUUGCCAGAGACGUCGAUGGAUCCCAUCACAGGAGUGGGGGUGGUGGCUUCUCGGAACCGAGCCCCAACAGGCUAUGAUGUAGUUGCACAGACGGCAGAUGGUGUGGAUGCUGACCUCUGGAAAGACGGCUUAUUUAAAUCCAAGGUUACCAGAUACCUGUGUUUCACGAGAUCAUUUUCCAAAGAAAAUAGUCAUUUAGGGAACGUGUUAGUGGAUAUGAAGCUCAUUGACAUCAAGGACACUCUGCCUGUAGGCUUCAUCCCAAUUCAGGAGACGGUGGACACACAGGAGUCGGCUUUUAGAAAAAAGAGGCUGUGCAUUAAAUUUAUCCCACGGGAUUCAACUGAAGCUGCAGUUUGUGACAUUCGGAUCAUGGGCCGGACCAAGCAGGCCCCUCCUCAGUACACGUUUAUCGGGGAACUGAACAGCAUGGGGAUCUGGUAUCGAAUGGGCAAAGUACCGAGGAAUCAUGACUCAUCUCAACCCACAACGCCUUCCCAGUCAUCAGCUGCUUCCACCCCAGCCCCCAACCUCCCCAGGCACAUCUCACUAACGCUCCCUGCUACCUUCCGAGGCAGGGGCAGCACUCGGGCUGACUACGAGUACCAGCACUCCAAUCUGUACGCCGUGUCAGCAAUGGAUGGUGUGCCUUUUAUGAUUUCAGAGAAGUUUUCUUGUGUUCCAGAAAGUAUGCAGCCCUUUGAUCUCCUGGGAAUCACCAUCAAAUCUCUGGCAGAAAUUGAAAAGGAGAAAGAAAUCCAAGACCAGAGGACUUGUGACAACUCAGAGGAACAAGAGCUGAGAUAUCGGGACGGAACCGGAGGUCAGACCCGCCCGUGUCUUCCCUGUUUUCAUAAGACAGCAUGAGAGUGUGUGCGUGUCGUCUUUCAUGUGUAGACGGCGGUUAAGCAGUCACAUGCUUGCAACCGGCUCUCCUCUGAGAGGCACAUUUGUCUCAAAGAUGGAAAUGGUAGAACCAUUUCAAUAUUCUCAGUUCCUCUGGGUUUUCUCCCGUAUACCCAGCUAGCAGAAGCAGGUUGCGUUAUUGAAAGAUGGCUGAAAUCAAGGAGAAUUGAAUCAAUGUAGUACAACAAAUUUCUAAACCUGUCAUGGCAAAAACAAGACCAAAAAGUCCCCCUUUGUCUUCGAUUUUCAGUAAAU